UGCGCAUAUGAGAUCAUGGACAGCAACAGCCGGGUGACCAGAUCCCAGCUCAGCCCUGCCCAGCACCUCAACAUCACUGGCAGCGCGAGCAGAAGCAAAGGAGGGGAGGAAUCGACACACACAGCGCUGAGUCCCAGCAGCCAGGAGAUCUGCUCAGCUCCCGGCCCUCACCGUGCCCCUACCCUCUACCUGAACCAGAUGUCAGCCCAGCCAGGGGACUCUGUGCUGCUCCAGUGCUCCGUGUUCUCCCGGGUCCUGGCCACCCGCGUCGUCUUCUGCAAGGACGGGGAAGAGAUUUCAUCACAGAAAGGCUCAGAGAAGGUCAUCUACAGCUGGAACCAUACAGUAUCCAGGGGCAGCUCCGGGAAUUACUCCUGCGGGUAUAAGACCAAGAACAGAGACAACUGGGCGAGCAGAUCCCAGCUCAGCCCUGCCAAGAAGUUCAGCAUCACUGGCAGCGCAAGCAGCAGCGGAGGAGCGGAGGAACCGACCCGCACAGGGCCGGUCAUGUCCCCUGCCAUCUGGGCCGCCCGCUGUGUCCUGGUCCUGCUCCUCCUGGUGUCUGCGCCUAUCAUCACAUUCAUGCUGGAGAAACGGGGCCUGCCCGAGCCUGCGGGGCUGCAUGGGGGAAGCAGCUGCAUCCUGGGGGGAGAGGGACUGGGAGUGGGGAAACCCCAUUAAAAAGUCAU